AUUAUCAACCCCUUACCACCUUCGAGUCUUCCACUCAUUAUAACGUGUCGGGAGGUGAAUUGAAGCGUAAUGAAUCAAUCAAUUAUUCAUAUUUUUUGUGGUACAAUGACUCCUAGAUGACGAUUGGUCCAUUUAAAUUCAAGUGCGUCCUUCCCCGCAAUAUUUUCAUCCAAUAGAAUCCCCGAAAACUGGCCGAUACAUAACCCCACCCCGUGAAAAAUGUUUAUUAUUGCAUAUAUGACCUUUACAUAAAUAUUUCUCAAGAUUAGAGGUCAUAUUUUAAAGCUAGACCCCAGUUGAUUACCACGAUUGUUUCACGUGAAUCUGCACAUAAUCACCGAGCACUAGCUUUAGCAUAAGAUAAACUGCUUUGAGAUCUUUGCUUAAUUCUCUGUACUUAAAACAAUAUCGAUGGAGUUGGGUGACAGAAUUUGGAGAUCAAUGAGGCGUGUACUCGACACUAUUCGAAAUUUCUUUCGAGUAUUCACUAGAUGGAAUUACCUAAGAUUUUUUUGGUCCCAUACGUUGGCUGACGACAUGGCACUGAACGCAGCUGUUGCUGAUAUGCCUGCGGCUACAAAAAAUGAUCCUGUGAGAAUUUUAACGUUGAAUAAGGGAGAACAUCAGGAUGGGAUUUUGUACAGAGUUAAACAAGGUUGGCAUCUACAACUAUCUCUGGGUCCCUCGCUAUUUGGCCGUCACUUGAAUAUCUUCACAAAUCAUCCGAUACCCCCCGAUCAAAAAUUCGAGAGACACACAUAUCAUCAAUUGAAAUGGAUAAACGGUUCAGCGAAUCUGCGAGCAAUGGCCGCCGGUUCAUUCCACUACUAUUUAACAGACUGUCAAGAGGAGAAUUGUCUGAAACCGAUAGCAUCCGGCUACAUCCUGGUGGAGCCAGAAUUGAGCAUCGGUUCAACAGGUGAGAAAUUGCCUCUGGACUGCAUCCAAUGUCAAACCGUAUUAUCAAAAAAUCUCGGUCCCAUCUCCACCUGGGAAGAGAAAUUACUCGUGUCCAAGAAUUCCGGCUACAACAUGAUUCACUUCACCCCCAUUCAAGAAUUAGGCGAUUCGCAAUCAGCCUACAGUCUCAGUGAUCAAUUGAAGGUAAACUCAUCAUUCAACGACAGUAACUCCAAGCCAGCGACAUUCGACGACAUUCAGGCGCUAACGAAUAAGCUGCGGAACGAGUGGAAAAUGCUCUCAAUUUGUGAUAUAGUCCUGAAUCAUACAGCCAACGAGAGCCCCUUCCUGGUGUCUCAUCCAGAGUGUACGUACAACUGUUUUAACAGCCCACACCUACGUCCUUCGUAUCUCCUGGACGCAACUCUCUUCGAGUUAACACUUCAAGUGGGAGCUGGUGACUGGGAACUGAAAGGAAUACCUCCAGUCGUCGAGACUGAGGAUCACCUCAACGCAAUUCGUCAUGCACUCCACACCCACUACCUUCCUCUGGUGAAAAUUGAAGAAUUGUUCACCCUAGAUGUUGACGCAGUUGUGGGACAAAUGGUGAGUCUUGCACGCAGCAGAAUGCCUGAAGAUACUCCACCAGAGGCAAAUCUAUCAAUAUCAAUCAUUCGAGAUCCUCAAUGUCGUCGUCUUAAGGCCACAGUCGAUAUGCAGCUUGCAUUGAAAAUUUACAACAUUUACAGACAAGAUUGUUUCGAUGAAGAUUCACGUCUGAAGCGUUGCGCCGAGGAGUUCCGGAGAAAACUAGAGGAGCUUAAUCAGGAAAUAAUUGGUGAAGUGCAGAAUCACUUGAAUGCAGCCAUUGAGAACACUAUCUCUGGCAUUCGAUACUUCAGAGUUCAGGCAGAUGGACCGAGACUCAAAGAGAUCAGCGCGAGGAAUCCAUUGGUUGCUCGAUACUUUACGGAUUAUGGAGCCCCGAAGAGCCUGCUCGAGCGUGAGACGAUGAUGUAUAAUGAAUCAGGAUGUUAUUUGAUGGCACACAAUGGCUGGGUGAUAAACGGGGAUCCUCUGAAGAAUUUUGCUGACAUUGGCUCCAACGUCUACAUCAGACGCGAAUUGAUUGCCUGGGGUGACAGUGUCAAACUGAGAUUUGGUGAUAAACCUGAGGAUUGUCCAUUUUUGUGGAAGCACAUGGCAUCGUACGUUGAACAAAUGGCGAGAAUUUUUGAUGGUGUUCGCCUCGAUAAUUGUCAUUCAACCCCAAUUCCCGUUGCCGAAUACAUGUUGGAUGCAGCACGUAAAGUUCGUCCUAAUCUCUACGUUGUAGCUGAAUUGUUCACAAAUUCUGAUCAGAAGGACAAUAUCUUUGUGAACAGAUUGGGAAUAACUUCAUUGAUCCGCGAGGCAAUGGCAGCCUGGGAUAGCCAUGAGGAAGGCCGUCUUAUUUAUCGUUAUGGAGGUGAACCAGUGGGUGGAUUUUUUCAAUCACAGCAUCGUCCACUUGUCCCCAGUAUUGCACAUGCACUUUUUAUGGAUCAAACACAUGAUAAUCAGAGUCCCGUUGAGAAGAGAAGUGUCUUUGAUCUUCUGCCAUCAGCAGCGCUGGUUUCCAUGGCUUGUUGCGCUAGUGGAAGCAAUCGAGGGUACGAUGAACUCGUUCCUCAUCAUAUUCAUGUGGUCGAUGAGACGAGACAGUAUACAGCGUGGACUAGUGAUCAGGAACUUGCCCGAAAGAAUCCGAAAUAUGUCAGUGAUAAUUCUGGAAUAAUCUCAGCUAAACGUGCUCUCAAUAACUUGCACUUUACCCUGGGAAACCAAAAUUUCUCUCAAGUUUUUGUUGAUCAAAUGGACACUGAUGUUGUCGCUGUGACUAGGCAUUCGCCUGGGACUCAUGAGAGCGUAGUUCUAGUUGCAUUCACGGCUUUUCAUCAUCCUGAUUCAAGUGCAACAGAUCUUAGGAGGAAUGUUAGACCUCUUCGAGUUGAAGGUGUCGUUGAAGAAAUCAUCGUCGAAGCUUCUUUGACUUAUAAAGAUGGAAAAACUCCCUUCAGAUUUCCAGAUACACAUCAGAAGAAUGAACACUAUAUCAAUGGAUUCGCUGAUUACGUCAUCAAUAUUCGAGAACACAUUCAAAUUAACGACUCCAAGAUUCUGGAGAAAGUCGACUCUGGGGAUCCGAAAAUAACUCAAUUGAAUUUCGUUAAUUUCCAACCUGGUUCGGUUGUUGCAGUUCGUGUGUCCCUUCAUUCCAACAUUAAACCAGCCCUCGAGGCACUGAAUAGUACCAUUAAAUCAAUCACAAUUGGCAUUGAUUCCUCAGAAUUACGUUCCAUAGUUUCGAAAUUAGAGCUCUCAGAUAUGAAUAAAAUACUGUAUCGCUGCGAUCAAGAGGAAAAGGAUGAAACCGAGAAUAAAUUCGGUGUUUACGAUAUACCUGGAUACGGACCUCUUGUUUACGCUGGUCUUCAGGGGAUUGUCUCCCUUCUGGCUGAUAUUCGGCCGAAUAAUGAUCUUGGGCAUCCACUCUGUGGAAAUCUGCGCGAUGGAAAUUGGCUCAUCGAUUACACGUGGCAGCGUUUAAUGAACGAUCAGGAAACUCUCGCUCUCGGUAAAUGGCUAGAGAGAGAGUGCGAGCCUUUCAAGCUCAUUCCAAGGUACCUUGUACCCAGGUACUUCGACGUCAUCAUCAUCAAUGUCUACAUGAGUUUGUUGGAUCAGUGCUACAGCAAAAUGUCCAAGUUCGUGGAGAAUGGAUCGACCUUUGUGAAACUAUUGUCACUGGUAUCAGUUCAGAUGGGGGGAAUUAUUAGAUCUGCACCUCUUCCAGAUCUCUCUCCCUCCUUGGACCCACCAAGACCGAAGAUUAUUGAGCAUAAUGAUGUUAAAGAGCAGGCAUGUGUGACCCUAUCUGCUGGACUACCUCACUUCACUGUCGGCUACAUGCGCAAUUGGGGUCGUGAUACCUUCAUUGCAGUACGGGGAUUGUUACUGCUUACCGAACGUUACGAUGACGCUAGAUUCAUUAUCCUGGGCUUCGCUGGGACUCUGAGACACGGAUUGAUUCCUAACUUGUUGGAUAGGGGUAAAAAUGCGAGGUACAAUUGUCGUGAUGCUGUGUGGUGGUGGCUUUACACUAUUCAGUGUUACAUUCAACAGGUUCCUGAUGGUCUGAUGAUACUCAAUGAUGAAGUAUCGAGGCUGUAUCCAACCGAUGAUUCACCAGCACUACCAGCUGGCGAAGUGAAGCAACCUCUGCACAACGUUAUUCAGGAGGCGUUGACGGUUCACUUCCAAGGAUUAUGCUUCCGUGAGAGAAAUGCAGGGAGACAGAUCGAUGAACAAAUGACUGAUCGUGGAUUCAAUAAUCAAAUUGGCGUUCAUCCAGAGACGGGAUUCGUUUUUGGUGGAAAUGAUGCUAAUUGUGGAACAUGGAUGGAUAAAAUGGGAUCAUCGGAAAAGGCAGGUAAUAAGGGUAAACCUGCUACACCACGAGAUGGAUCAGCUGUUGAGAUCGUUGGACUCAGCAAAUCUGUUCUGACGUAUUUUGCUGAAUUAUACAGACAAAAUUUAUUCCCUCAUGGAAGCGUUCAACGACGAAACAGAGACGGUACUAUAGUGACUUGGAGCUAUAAACAGUGGGCAGAUAAAAUUCAAGAUAAUUUUGAAAGAUAUUUUUACGUUAACGAGGUUCCAAAAAAUGACGAACUUUCUCCUGAAUUGAUUCAUCGUCGAGGAAUUUGCAAAGACAGCCAUGGAGCAUCGCAGGCAUGGGCUGAUUAUCAACUACGUCCCAACUUUGCUAUCGCGAUGGCAGUGGCUCCUGAAUUAUUCACUCCAAAACAUGCCUGGAGUGCGUUGAAACAAGCUGAAAAGAUUCUCUUGGGUCCAUUGGGAAUGAAAACCCUGGAUCCAGCUGACUGGGGAUACAACGGAUAUUACGAUAACGCAAAUGAUGGAACUGAUCAGAAGCUAGCACAGGGAUGGAACUAUCAUCAGGGCCCAGAGUGGAUAUGGCCCAUGGGUUUCUUUCUUCGUGCACGACUUCAUUUUGCAGCUUUGAUCGGUGAAAAGGAGGAGUUAAUUAGGACCAUUCAAUCGACUGAAGCAAUUUUAUCGAAACACUUUAUCGAGGCGUCUACGAAUCAUUGGAGAGGACUUCCAGAAUUAACCAAUAAAGAUGGGGACUACUGUCGGGACAGUUGUCGCACUCAGGCAUGGAGUGCUGGAACGAUACUCGAGACACUGUACGAGCUCAAUAAUCUCAAGUCUCAGUUGGAAUUAUCGAGUGAUUAUGGCAACUGAUAUGAUUAUGCGUGUGUUCAUCAUUAUUUAGAAUACUCACAAGUAGCAACUAAACACUUAAGUAGUGGCCAAAACACGUGCUUCUGUAAUGCUAUUGUUUCACAAACAGAUGAUCCUGAAAUUCAGCAAGAUACACACGCAUUUUUUCGUAGAUCCCGUGAUAGCAAAGGAAGUGCAUCUUCUCACACGAGUAGCACAGCUAUUGUAGAGUGCCAUGAUAAUGUUAAUCCAACUAAUCUUAGAUAUGUUAAAGACAGCCAGUCAUGUGAUCAUAUUUACGAAGAGAUCAAUCAAAUUUGUAAAGCUGGAUGCAGUGAGAGGAUAAUCAAUGUUGGCAGAAAGCUCUGUCAGGCCAUGUGCCAUGUUUGUGCAAAAUGCAGUGAAAAUUCGAGGGUUUACAGUGAUCGAUUGAUUUAUGAAGGAAAACCUCUUCAUGCACGAGAGGUAUUGAUGCAUCAGUUUGAAUUGCAGUCGUAUCAGUUGCUCUUCAAAUUGAAGACUCCUAGGAUACUUCAAGAAGACUAUUUGCCAGUGGUAAAUAUAUUAAAAACGUUUGCAUCUGGGAUUUUUUACUUCAAUGAAAAUUAUAAAGAUGUUUUUCAUCUCGAGUCGAGUCUCUCUCCACAUGUUCAACUGUGCGAUGCUGAAAUUGGGAACUGGAAUUCAAAUACUGAUGUGUAUCAUCGACUGGCUGUUGACUUAUUUUGUAGAGUUUCUAGAGCGACUAUUUUUAAGCCGAAAAUUUUCGAAACCGUUCAGGAGAAUUUUGAAUAUUGGACGGACUGUGAACAUCGAAAAAGUAGGCUUAGUAAUGAUAAAACUGAUGAGGGAUUGAAAUUAUCGGUGCGAAUGCAUCAUCAUAGAUCGAGUCUCAUGUUGCUUGAGCCACUGUUGAUUAUUCCGGACUUUCCUUCGCCCAGAGAUAUUCGAGAGAAAAAUAGAAUUGCACAUAAUGAGCAUGUGAAAAUAGUAAGGAUUGUUAUUGCUUAUACUCUAUCGUUUUUUCUUCUAGUGAUCGUUACAUUUUACAUUGUUUAUUUUGCUUGAUUUUUCUUGAUUUCUUCCGUCCAUUAAACGUUAAUUAUGACGUGGGGGAAUAUUAGAACGGACAUUCACUGGGAUUUUCUGUUGGAAUUUUAUUAAUAGAAAAAUUUCACUAUUUUUUCUAUAUUAAUUAUGAUUUUUUUACAUUUUUUGUGGCCUUCAACAUGAAUAUUAUAAGAAUUUUGACAGAUUAAAAGUAAACAGAAAAUUUUAUAUGGAACUCCCGUAAAAUUGUGGACUCAAUACUCGCGUACGUGAUUAAUUACUCGGGGAAUUGUACUGAUUAUUUUUGGAAUUAUUGGAGAGUUUGACGGUAAUUCAUGACAGCUUUUUUGUUGCAUCUUUUUAAAAAUUGUUUUUUGUUGUCAGUGUGGGAACAUUAUUGUUUACGUGCGUUGUUUUACGAAUGGAAUGUGUUUUAUUUUACCUUCCGUGAAUUUUGAAGAAACAUGUUGAGUGGUGAUCAAAUUUUAUUGAUAAAUGUCAAAUUAUAGACAAAUAGAAACGAACCGUAUUUUUAAAUCUGAGAAAAGACAGAAAAGUGAGAUAUCUAACAUGACUAUUUUCACACAAGUGAACGAAGACUGGUUAUUGAGUUUUGCAAUACUGAAUGAUACACUUUUUUCACUUGUUAUUUCGCUAUAACAUUUUAUGGACGAGUCUUCCAAAAUCUUGUUGAAGCUUUUUAUUUUUCUCGUGUCGGUACUUUUUACAAUCUGUGCUAGAAAGCAAAGAAACUGCCGAAUCGAGUUCAUCAUCGCCAUCAAUGAUAAUGGGAAAUAAAUAUAAAUAAAAUAUAUCAAAGAGUAA